AAAUCAGAACAGCAAUUUUAACCAUUUCAAACCAUUUCAAAUUAAACUAGUCUUUGUCUAGUCUUUGGAUUUUCUGACAUUCCGUCCGUGUUCAUUUGGAAUAUUGUUGUCACUGUAAUACACAUGGAUUUAUAGAAAUGCGAAUGUGUAAUAGAGACUAGAGUUUCUGUGUCGGUGAUUAUAGAGUGUAAGAAAAGCGCAUCAUCAGCCAGUCAGUCCUACUGGAUUAUUAGGAUCAGAUUACCUUGAGCUGUCAGUGAUUACAUCAUCACUUUAAAGGGAACAUGAGUGUACAGUGUAAAAAAUUUCUAUAAUAACAAGUAUAUUUAAAGAAAACACUAAUUUAACUUAGCAGAAAACGUCUAUGAGGCCAGAUACAUCUGCCAACGAGUGCAUUCCACAGGACUGAAUAUUGAACCUGUAUGUUUUCUAACAGUAUGGGGCAUCUGUUGUAUAGUCAUCAGAAUGUAUUUUUUAUAUUGUUGCAAGAAAACAAGCCUUUUCAUUAAACUAUUUUGAUAUUUUUUAUGACAGUUGGUUUCCUUAAUGAUGAGUAACUUAAGCAAUUCAAACUUCUUCCUCUUGCAGGCUGAACUUUAGGAUUCGUGAUUGUGACGGCGAGCUGGAGGGAGAGUGUGUGCUAUGAGCGGUGCCGCGUUACUUCAGGGUGCUGCAGAGAACGUCUUACUUCCACAAGAUUCAUCCCUCCAGCAUCUCUCUCUCUCUCUCUCCCGUCCUCCCUUUGCACUACAGCUGCACAACAAGACUCCAUCAGUGUAUUAUAUUCUGAGAAGAGGCACAGACUGUUUCUUCCAGUGUCAAGGUCUCAGAGGAAGAAAAAAAAGAAAGAAAAACAUCACCAGCCGCAGCCAUGAAUGGCACAGAAGGACCCAACUUUUAUGUCCCCAUGUCUAACAAGACUGGGCUGGUGCGUAGCCCAUUUGAGUACCCCCAGUACUACCUGGCCGAACCUUGGAAGUACUCUCUCUUGGCUGCGUACAUGCUGUUCCUCAUCAUCACGGCCUUUCCCAUCAACUUCCUCACCCUCUAUGUCACAGUGAAGCACAAAAAGCUGAGGACACCUCUGAACUACAUCCUGCUCAACCUGGCAGUGGCCGAUCUCUUCAUGGUCAUCGGUGGCUUCACAGUCACUCUGUACACAUCCCUGCAUGCGUACUUCAGCUUAGGGGUCACAGGAUGCUACAUUGAAGGAUUCUUUGCCACCUUAGGAGGAGAGAUUGCGCUCUGGUCUUUGGUGGUUUUGGCUAUUGAGCGCUACAUUGUGGUCUGCAAGCCAAUGACCAACUUUCGCUUUGGGGACAAACAUGCCAUCGCCGGGUUGGCAUUCACAUGGAUCAUGGCCCUGACCUGCGCUGCUCCCCCUCUGUUUGGGUGGUCCCGGUACAUUCCAGAGGGAAUGCAGUGUUCCUGUGGGAUUGACUACUACACUCCCAAGCCCGAGAUCAACAACACCUCAUUCGUCAUCUAUAUGUUCGUCCUCCAUUUCUGUAUCCCCCUCUUCAUCAUUUUCUUCUGCUACAGUCGCCUACUCUGCACUGUGCGAGCGGCUGCAGCCCAGCAGCAGGAGUCUGAGACCACCCAGAGGGCGGAGAAAGAAGUCACUCGUAUGGUUAUUGUCAUGGUGAUCUCCUUCCUGGUGUGCUGGGUGCCCUAUGCCAGUGUGGCUUGGUACAUCUUUGCCAAUCAGGGAACCGAGUUCGGACCGGUUUUCAUGACUGCUCCAGCUUUCUUUGCCAAGAGCGCUGCUUUGUACAACCCGGUCAUCUACAUUCUGCUAAACAGACAGUUCAGAAAUUGCAUGAUCACCACAGUGUGCUGUGGAAAAAACCCAUUUGGCGACGAUGAGGCCGCGACUGCUGUCUCCAAAACCCAGUCUUCCUCCGUCUCCUCCAGCCAGGUGGCCCCCGCUUGACCUGUACCUCCUGCUCCUCCCCCCCUUCAAUGUCCCAUCUGUCCGUGCACAUCUAGGGACCCACCACAGCCAAUCGGCACAAUGUUCUAUUGGCCAGUCCUCUUGACUUACCUCUCCGUGUGUCUUCACUGUAAUGGCACAACUGCACCUUUGGCGGUUCUGACAUACUCAAGAGCCAGCAUGUAUCUUUUCAAUCCAUUUAAUCGUGGAAAGUGUUCAGCUGGCUUCAUAGAGUUUACCCAGAAUCAGUGGGGUGAUGAUCCAACUGAACACAGUCCAAAUUACUAACCAACCAAAACAUAUAAUAAGUGAAAUUCUAAUUCGUUAAAAUACAGUUUGAUUUCUUCCUCAGCAACUUUUGUUCUAGUAAUUGUUGCAGUUGCAUGUAUAUAUAAAAACAUAGAUCCCUAAAAUCGCUUUAAAUAAGCGAUUUUAUGGAAACUUAGGUGAAAUUAGUCAUGAGUAUUGAUAACUAGAUGUCUCGGAUGAGUUUUUAAGGCAGUCAGACGGGGCUGUCCUCUGGUCUCUCUGCCUCUCCUCUUGUCUUUAUGGUGACAAAGCUGAUGUUGUUAGUUUGCUGUUGGCAUCAGCUGAGACGUGAGUGUAAACAGAUGGACCUGAAAAGAGCCUCUGCAGGGAGAAGGCGCCUCCUGCAAGAGAAUGGAUGUGUGCAUGUGUGUGCGGUGGAUGUUUAUGUGCUUGAAUGGAUGUCGGAAUGUCAGUGUGUGUGUGUAUGUAAUGAUUAUUAUUUUGUUCAUCGUGUAAAGACUAGGAUCUUGUGGAAGUAGUUUUGUGCCCUGCAAUAAAAACAAAGCUAAAUGUCUGCACGACUUUUGAUUUUCGUGCUUCUUCAUAAGAACUUUUACAAGAUUUUCUGAGAAGUUCCAGAUGCUUGUUCGUGUGGUUUAGGGUGGCAGGCCAAGCUAUUAACCAGUUUCGAAUGUUGUUAAUUUUUUCUGUGGUAUGU